AUGGACGUCUCAACACCAAUCAGACCAAACGACAUCUUCUCGGCGAAAGGGCUAGUAGUAGUCAUCACAGGCGGCGGCAGUGGUCUCGGUCUCGCCAUAGCAUCAGCACUCUACCAAAAUGGCGCUGAGCGAAUCUACCUCCUCGGCCGCCGCCGCGAAGUCCUCGAGCAAGCCGUCAACGACCUCCAAGCCAACGUCCCGCGCGACUCAAACACCGCCGGCACCCUCCACGCCCUCCCCUGCGAUGUCACCGAUCUCACCUCCGUAAAAGCCGCCGCCGACACGAUACAAAAAGACAUCGGGCACGUCGACGUCCUAAUCAACAACGCCGGCGUCAUCGGCCCCAAAAACGGCGCCGACAUCUACAAAGCCGAGUCCAUCCAGCAACUCGCCGAAACCAUGGUCGCUGGAUAUGAUGGCUGGCAAGACGCCAUGGCAAUAAACACCCAAUCCGUCAUCGGCGUCUCCGCCACCUUCCUCCCCCUCCUCGAAGCCGCAAACACACGUCGAGGCUGGACCCCCGGAAAAGUAACAGGCACAGGAAACGCGCGCGCCCGCUCCACCGACCUCUUAUCAAACAACAAUAUCGACACCGACGACGACCGCAUGGCGCACAUCAUAACCAUCGCCUCCGUCGCCAGCUACAUGCGCUGGGUCUCCGCCGGCCUCGCCUACAACGCCAGCAAAGCGGCCGCCGCGCACCUGGGCAAGAUGAUGGCGACGUUUUUGUCUGAAUGGGGUAUUCGGAGCAAUAUUGUGUGUCCGGGGCCUUAUCCGAGUGAUAUGACGGCUGGCCUCAAUCCGGUGUAUGGGACGAAUCAGAUACCGCAGGGGAGGAUGGGCGGGAUUAAGGAUAUCUCGGGGUUGUUACUGUUCCUUGUGGGUAAGGGCGGGGCGUAUGUUAAUGGGACGACGCAGUUGACGGAUGGGGGGAGGGUGGGGGUUUUUCCGGCGGUUUAUUAG